UCAUUCUCGAUCGUCCGAGAUGUUCGUUGUGGCGAUCUCGGCCGUCGGUGCCUGGGGGAGGGAGGUGAGCUUGUUGGCGAGCAGCUGGAGGUGGUGGUCUGCCUGUGGCUCCAUGUGCCUGACCAGCGCCUUCCACACCGCUGUCCCGUUCCUCUUCUGCUUGGCCACGGUGCCGACGGUGGACGUUGCCAUGUUGAAGAGUCGGACGUCGAGUCGUGUGCUGAGGAGGCCGUACAGCAGCUCUCUCUUGUCCUUCAGUCGCUGGCUGUCUGAUGGGUGUGGGUCGUCGGUGAGGACCUGCUCCAGUCUCCAUGAGUAGAUGGCGACGCUUUCCAUGUUCCUCUUCCACACACGCCACCUGCUGUAGACGUCCUUGUCGAACUUCAGCUCGGCAGGCGGGUUGAAGCCCUUCUGGUCCUCAGGGCUGCGCGACCGACUACGCCGCCUCGAUGAGCGGCUGCGAUGUCUAUCAUCAUCACUACUCUGUGGACUCCCACUGUCCGCCCCAGUGCCACGCCCUGGGCACCGUGGAUCGGCGCAUGACGUCGAUGUGCGCGCCUGACGGUCGCGUUGGUCACUCGACCCCACAAACGCCGACCCCCCAUUCUCAGCAGCUCCGUGUGCACAUCGCCCCUGGCCGCCCUCGGCCCCCGCCACUGCAGGUGGGUGGACCGAUGAUCGGGCCUGGCUCCCACUCUGGGGCUGUGCAGUGCUGGCCGGCCGGCCACUCGCUGGUGCCGACGAAGGCCACAAUGGCUCCAAAACACGGGUGGUUUGAGGAGGUGGCGGGGGCGGGGGCUGGGCGGUGAUAUGCUGCUGGGCGUCACCCGGGUAUGACGCCGUCGCAGCCGAGUGGGUGACCGCCAGUCGCUCCCCCUGCCCCUCAAUGGGCGGGCCCGCCCUCUGCCGCCCAGCUGUGUUGGCAGCAUUGAGGGUGGCGAUCCGCUCAUAGCGUCGAUGUCGACAUCGCUGGACGUCCAGUCCGAUGAGUGUCUUAUAGUCGAACAGCUGCUGCAGCGAGACUGCGGUGGUGUGCGACUCGCCCAGCGUGACCGCCUGGAUGCGACGCUCGAUCUCUCGCUCUCGCUCCUUGUGGUACGCCAGAUCGUUGUCGAUGUCAGUCAGCUCUGCAUCAUGCAGCCCCGCCGCCCACGCCGCCACAUCCUCCCUGGCCCGCCGUGCUAUCUGAUCAUCCGCCACCGCAGUGGGGCGAUGGUGGUGCCCGAUGGCUGGCUGUAGGGGUGUGUUGCUAAGGGGUUCGGUUCACGCUAUAGAGAUAGCGCCUACUCGAUGCUCUACUGACGACACUUCUCGAUGGGAGACACUCACGAUUCAACGACAGGCACACGCACACGAUAAGGUCUCACGAGGUCACAAGCAGUCACACACGGCACUGCACCACACCUGCUGACGACGGCAGGCUCUGACACGACUAAUACACACACUCACUCACUCACUCACUCACGACAACUGCUGAGGCCAGCAGCCUCGGCAACACAGCUCUCCGUCUGCUUCUUGGCACGCCUUGACGCCUCGGGCUUGGUUGGUUUGACUUCCUUCUUCAACAAUCAAGCAGGCAGCUUCACAGUCAGUGGGUAGGAGUCGCCGAAGGGAUGAGGAUGGCUGGAAUCGGUGAAAAAUCGACAAGUACCGAAAACAUCAACGAAUCGGCACUUUCGUCCUUCGGGAUGACCGGAAAAAGCCGUAAUGCCCAGCCAGGGGCCAAUCGGAGCGCCAGCUCUCGCUCUGGAGCCUUUCGUCCCGCUCCGGCGCCGUUCGCCUCUCGCUCUGGAGCGCGAGGCCUGUCGCUCUGGAGCGGCAGGAGUCGUUUAACGAGACUCUAACUCUGAUUCUCGACGUCAU